AUCCUCUGCAUUACGACGAUUUCGACUAACCGCAAUUGUUUUUGUGUGCAGAAGCCUCGGAUCACCGAGCUCCAAGUCCGAAUGGACUGCAACGGUUGCGUUCAGAAGAUCAAAAAGGCGCUUCAUGGUAUCCAUGGUAUUUAUGAAGUCUAUCCAGAUAUUGCUCGACAGAAGUUGACGGUCAUAGGAUGGGCGGAUCCGGAGAAGAUCGUUAAGGCAAUUCGGAAGACUGUAACGAUUUGUUCGCAUUUGGAACCACAUGAGGCUGCGUAGCCACGAGGGCAACCAACGGAGACAGUGAAUCCGACUCCAUCAGAAACUCAACCGCCCGCUGAAGCUGGUGCUGCUCCACUCCCUGAAGCAGCAGCAGCCCCAACAGCGGAGCCACCGAAAGACCAAUCACCUCCGGAGACUCCACAGCCUGAACCGACACCUGCACCCGCGGAUGCGAGUGCCGUCUAGCAACCACCGCAACCUUCGGGACCAAAAAAUGUAGGAGAAGUUCAUGUCAUAUGUCACCAUUCACCGGAUUACGGAUAUGGAUACGAAUACGUUCACAGUUACGGAGAAGGACGCUAUGGUACACAAUACCCUACUUGCCAUAUCCAAUGCAGUUUCUAUCCUAAUGGCCA